AUGCUUGUCACAGCGGCUCAUGUAAUUCAGGAUAGUAACGCAAAUAUUAAAAUUAUGCUGGAACGAAAAUAUCAAGCCAGGAGGAAACCGGGUAGAGUUAACGCUGAACAAGUUACAAUCGUUUUGCAAGAUCCUACUAUUAAAUUUGAUCGUAACCGCGACGCCGCUGUAGUAAUUUUAAAUAAUACAGACAGUAAAAACGUGCUAAAUAGAGUGAACCGAUUUCCUUCCCCAAGCCUUGAUCAAAACGAUAGUGACAUGUCUACCGCCAUUCUUAUUCAUUAUGCCGUAGGAAAUUAUAAGCAAGUGAGUCGUGGUGAAAGAGAAGGGAUGGAAGGGAAUUUUAUGUUGUUAAAGUCACGAUAUCACAUACGUGCGGGCCCAGGAGCGAGUGGAGCGCCGUUAUUCAAUUUAAAGGGUGAAGUUGUUGAUAUUCUGAAAAGCCAUGAGAGCAUUAAUGAAGAGAUACGAAAUUUUGUUCCUAUAUCAUUGGGAAGUAUCAUACGUGGAACGUGUGAUGAAACCAGAGUUAACACAUUGGAAGAAUACAUUUUUGAGUGCAAUGAAGGUAAGGAGUCCGAACUGAUAUUGUCGAAUAAUGUUAAAAUUUGGGAAAAUCACAGGCGAUGUCGUGUGCCAUGUUUAACUGAACUGUGCGUGAGGGAUAAACUUACCAUUCUCAAAAAGGAGAAAUUUCAAGCCAUAUUACACGCGACGGUAUUCGAUUGUUUAGGCCAGGGAGGUGCACAUAAGGACACAAAAAAGUGGUCGUUGCAAGGUGAAGUCGAAAGUGACCAUUUCCCGCCCCAUAAUGCUUUUCAUGAGGCUUAUAAACAGAACGGCUGUCGUAAUGAAGCUGUGAAAAAGCUAUUUGAAAGCAAUAAAUCUGGAAAAAGACCGGGUGAAAACCUGCUACCAGCAAUAACUAUCCCGAAAGCUAUCCAUGGAAUACUUGAUACAACUCGGAGUGUAGAGUUUAGAUUAACUCAACAAAAUAAUAUUGAGCCAGGAAAUGUUGAUAAUGCAAUAGCAUUAAAUUUUCAAAAUUAUGCCAAGAAAGGUCUAUUUAAACGAUCCAAUUACGUCUGCCAUGAUACGGAAUUUGGAAAACUAUUGGACAAGUACAUGAAAGGCUUUAAAGAUGCGUUAAAAAGGCAUGAACAACUCGGUUUUAUUGACGCGAAUAAAAGACGCAAACUGGAGAGAUACAUUCGAGAACUUACGAAAAAUAACACAAAAUACAAAAGCAUACAGCUAAAAAAGCGGAUCUACAUAAAGGACUCAUCAGAAAGUAUUGGUGGGGGUGGGCUAUGA